ACCGCACGAGGGGGGAAGGAAAUCUGUUUUCCACUGCUGUGCAGGACUCACUUCCCUGCAGUGCAUACUUGAGCACAUGGACGCAGAAGUGCUUUGAAAUGACACCUCUUAUGGACUAGAUAGACCAUGGUUUAUUUGUCUAAGAGAACACGAGGAAUUCAUGCCAAAGAAUCAGGUCUCCGUAAGAUGCGAGUAAAAUCCAAACCACACAGUGUUGCUGCGCUACUGUCAACUCUCUGCACAGGAAUGAGAGGAAUAUUGCUGUUCCAUUAGGGCCAGUUUAUGCAAUAAACGCAGACAGUUCUGCAUAUAGCAAAGCAUUGACAGCGGCGACUGAUUUGCUGGGUCAACCUCGCAACGAUUGCAACCAGGUUUGCGUUGACCGCGCUGCAACAGCUGCAUUUGCGCUCUGAGUGGAGAAGCUCUCGCGCAUGGGACCUACCAGAGAGGCUCAGAGAUGUUCUCGUGGAAUAUGGACAGAAUGAUUGACGUGGAAGCUCCAGAACGGUAAACGACCCGUGUGCGCAACAAUGCAGCGAAUUCUUCAGAGGAGACCAAGGAUCCGCACACUGCGCUUGGUUUGGUCGCUCAUGGCCGUGCUCGCGCUGUCCCUGGCCGUGUGCAGUGCCAUAUUUACAGCGUGGACAAUGCGACAAACGCGGGACCUGUCGAGGUCUUUCCAAACUCUGCAGGAGCGCCUAGAGCAGGUGAAUAUGCAGCGCAAGGCCAUCUUCCAGCUCAUCCUGGAAAAACGCGAACUGCUGGAGAGUCAGAGGUUCCGCAGAGAUGCGGGAGGGAGGAAAGGAAAUGGACGAAAAGUGGCCUCUCAUUUUGAGAUAACCAACGAUUCCUUCCAAAAAGUGGGGAAUGAGGGAGUCAUUAAAGGAUGGACUGAGGAGCAGCUGAAUAUGAGCAGGGCAGUGCAUUAUAAUCCAGAGACUGGCACCUUCAAAGUGGAGCGCAGCGGUGUCUACUUCCUGUACUGUCAAGUACACUUCAACGAGAACCAGAGUCAGUACGUGAAGCUCGAGGUGUCCGUUCCUAAGGGCCCUUUACUCCAGUGCAUCGAGGGGUACGGAACCACACCAGCGUCUGGCUCGCACAGGUUUCACUUCCUAAAGCCUUGCCAGGUCUCCGGCCUCCUACGCCUUAACAAGGGCGCCGAGCUGAAGGCCGUCACCGGAGGUUUCUUCAGUCUGCAGAUGUCGGGCAAACACUACUUUGGCCUCUUCAAAGUCAACUAGAGGCACAGACGGUUUUCCAGACACCUCAGCUGUAUGGACAAAAUAGUUUUAUAGUUUUCCACAGAUCACUGGCCCAAAAGUACCUAACCUAAACCUGUCUCUUUGAUCCUGGCGUUGCCUUAAAAGAGGAAAUUUUGACUUCGCGAGGAACGUUUCUAUAACCAGCUGACUGUGGUCACAGAUGACCCCUUUAUGAAUGCAAGUGCCCUUCCAUGGAGAUGUCAUCGGGAUGUUAAUGACUGCACAUCUUGCCUUGCUGGACCAAUUUAUGGAGAAUCAUUUGGUACUCUGUCGGUUUAGCUGCAAAUGCCUUAUUAAACGCAAACCAGCACAAUUUCUACUAUAUAAAUAUAGCAUUUAAUUACAGCAUACCAGAGACAUUGCUCCAGCAGCGUGGUUGGCUUAUAUACUGGCAUAACCAGUUUGACCAAAAGGACUAUGAAUUUUCAGCAGCGUUGCAGGCCACUACAAGCAUGAGAGGUUUCACCACUGGUUACUUGGCUGGACCAAAACAGAGUUGCCCUAGUUCCUGAACUGCCUUACCACUGGAUGGGUUCAGCGCAGAAAAAUGAAGGUUUUGGUUGGUCGUUAUGAAAACUCAAAGUGACUAAAUAUGCAUCAGAUAAUACAAGAAA